AGGAGUAAGAAGGAAACAGGUGGUGGGAGAAGGAAUCCAACCAGCUUGAGGUCAAGACAUAAAUGUUGGAGCAGUUCUUGUUCUCAUGAGGAACGGCAAUGGGACUUAGUAUUCGGUUUGGCUUCGGCCAGCUUAUUUUAUUAGUGUUCCUAUCAGCUUCUGAAUCUGCUAGAUUAAUUGGCUGCUACAAGGAGAUCUCAAAUGAGGCCCGCCUGUUAAGCGGUGCUCAACAGAACUUUAAGAAUACUCUUACACCUGAAAAAUGUAUUUCAUUCUGCAAGGGUAAAGGUUUUCUCUACGCAGGAUUACAGUACAGCUAUGAGUGUUUUUGUGCCAAAGAUAGACCUUCAUUUAUUCACUCAGCUGAUAGUUCUGACUGUAAUUCAAAAUGUGAUGGUGACAAAACAAAGAUUUGCGGAGGUGGUUUGAGAUUAAGCGUUUAUGAUUUAGUCGAUAAACCAGUUAACUAUGUGCAACCUAACUACGUCGGUUGCUACGCCGAUGAAGGAGGCCGAAGAGCUCUCACAGGGAAAGUUGCUCCUGAGUCCCAAGAAAUGACUCCAGAAUUAUGUGUCGGUUUCUGCUUUAGAAAUGGAUAUCGCUAUGCAGGACUUCAGUACAGGAAUCAGUGUUAUUGUGGAGAAGAACCUCUCGGUCCUAGAAGUAGUGAAGGAGACUGUGAUAUGGAAUGUGCUGGUGACUCGAGAUUUCUCUGUGGAGGUGGUUGGCGUAACAGUGUCUACCAAACAUCGAUUCCAAAUGAAAGCGAACAAGGAAAGCUUAUAGGCUGCUUCAUUGAUAGUCAAGAUUUAAGACUUCUCUCUGGAUUUCACCUUGAUUUACCUGAAACUAACAGCCCGAGGAAAUGCUUGAAUAUAUGUAAACAGCUUGGUUAUAGUUAUGCUGGAGUACAAUACGGUAUUGAAUGUCACUGUGGUAACCGGAAACCUGAAUCAGAAAAGGAGACAAAUGAAAAUCAGUGCCUUUCUUCCUGUCCAGAUGGCACCCGAAGAUGUGGUGGAAACUGGCGGCUUCUUAUCUAUUCUACUGCUUCAGUCCCGCAGCCAGUCAUUAGUGGUGUUGUACAAACUCCAAACAUUGUAGUUGCAAGACCUGAACCUGGAGUUGAUGGAACCAAGCAACCUACAGCUGUCGUUUUGGCAGCCGGAUCACCUCAAGCAAUUCCAGUUCUGACUCUAAAUAACCCCAAAUCUACCGUCCAUACGACGACAAGACGCCCGACAGUGACACCAACUACACGAACGACGACUCCGAGAUAUCCAAAUACCACUCCAACGAAAUCUUGCAUCAGAUCCCAUACCCUGGUUCAAGGAAGGACAGUUUGCCAAGGUGAAAGACUAUUUCAUGAUUCAUUUCUUGGCAAUGGUCUUAAUGGCAAUGUAUGGACACAUGAAGUCUUCAUGCCUUCUGAACCAGAUUAUGAGUUUGUCGUUUUCGAUAAUAACCCUCAGUCGACCUAUACAUCAGAUGGUCGUCUUCACAUAAAACUCAUUCCUUUUGAAGAUACUUUUGUCAGGAGUGGCAAACUUGAACUUAAUAGAUGUACAGGACGUCUUCACACCGAAGAAUGUAUAAGAGAAGCCAAAGCAUUUUCUAUUCUUCCUCCGAUACAGUCUUCCAGAAUCACUACUAAAAAUUUUUUCUCCUUCAAGUAUGGAAAGGUUUUAGUGAGAGCGAAAUUACCAUUGGGAGAUUGGAUCGUACCAGAAAUCUGGUUGGAGCCAAAGAGAAAGAUAUAUGGACCUACUUAUUCAUCUGGUAAGAUUCGUAUCGCAGUGGCCCGAGGUAACAGAGAUCUUAUCAGCCAUAAUAGGGAAAGAAUCGGUAACAAUAUGUUGGAGUCAGGUAUCCUGAUGGGAACGGCGGAGAGGGUAAGAGGAAGGACAGUCAUCAGUGAUAAUCCUUCCGGCUGGUAUAAACAGUUCCACAAUUAUACCCUAAUUUGGGGGCCAGACAACAUAUCAUUUGAAGUAGAUGGGGAAAAUCGGGAAGACUUGCUACCUGAAAGAGGAUCACUCUCCGAACUCUUAGGAUUUGACAGCAGCGAGUCAGCAAUUUGGCAAAAUGGAUCACCAAUCGCUCCGUUUGACCAAGAAUUUUACAUAUCAUUGGGAUUAUCAGUCGGAGGAAUGAAAGAUUUUCCGGAUGGCUGUAUAACUGGUGAAAGCCAUAGCAAACCAUGGAAAAAUGAAGCUGUUAAGGCAAUGGUUAACUUCUGGCAAGACCGGGACAACUGGUUAUCGUCUUGGAAUGAUCAUUAUUCGCAAUUACAAGUUGAACAUGUUUCUGUGUAUGCAUUGUGAUUAAUUAGUAUUAGUUCAAUAUUAUUUAAAUACAUUUUUUUAUAUAGUCACAUUUAUUUUUUAUAAAUGAAAUAUUUAUUAUCAUUGAAAGACUUCCAUUGUUUUCCACUUUAUGCCUUUUGAAAAAUUCAUACCUGUUUUUUCUAUGUUAGAUUAAAAAAUAAUUCAAAUGUUCCUAAAGCAUAACAUGUACAAUAAAAAUACUUUUCAUAAAAAAUCUCUAUCAGUACAAUCCAUGAAGGGACUUUAUGUUUUGUACUUUGUAAGGAACUACAGUUCUGUGAGAAGGUGAUUAUUUUAAUUAUUGGUAUCCACUUUAUAAAGACUGGGUGUGUCCUAAGAGGGAGAACAUAAAAAUGUUCCUAUUUUCCCGGUCAUGGGUUCGAGUCAAACUGUACACCCAUAAGUGAUUUUUCAAUAAAUUAAUGUAUUAGUUUAUUGAUUUUUUUUUAAUUGAGAAAGUAUUUAUAAUAAAUUAUCAGUCUUAUUC